AUGAGGAAUGAAUCGCCGCCGUCGGCGUUCAAGGCGGCGUACGUAACCUCCAACGACUUGGUGGUUGCGUUAUGUUCGCUGGAGUCUGCUUUGGAGGCUGAACAGACGUUGUUCGCCAAGUCGCUCAGUUACGCAAUGGAUAAUGGAUUGGAGCGGUCGGUGGUGUGUUUCAAACUGUCUGAAAAUCAGAUGAUGCGCAGUCUGCAGGAGCGGGUGAGCAGUGAGGCGAGCAAAGACGACCAGUGUGUGGUCCGGAAGAAGUGGUUUUCGGCUUUGGGUGUUGCGGCUACGGAAUCGCGUGCUGCAAUUUAUACGAGCCUUUUGUGCGAGGGCGCGAAUUUAGACAUCAACCCUCUGCUACAGCGGUCGAUCGGGCCUUUUUUGUCUUACCUGCUUUUGGACCAGCGACUUGACCCACACGUGCGGAAGAUGAUCGCAGACACGGUCGCAGGACUCGACGAGACCGGCUCUAUGGAACUGCCCGCCUCACCUGUGCUAACCUGCUCUGUGGAUGUCCGUAUGGCCACCGAUGGCUCUUCUUGUCUCUCAGGUAGCGACAAAGGCAACCCGCUUAAAGAAGCCGUAACUGAAACAAAGCUUGUACAAGCAUUCCUUCAAACGUUUGCCCUCGAGAUCAACCCGUCCUACCAAAUAGACGCCAGAGCCCGCAUUCCGAACCCCUACACUGUCGUCUCCAAGUCCCCCUUUGCAGAAUCAAAGUCCAGCACUUCGCCCGGUUCCUCGUUUCUGCCAGACAAAGUUUGCCUCGCAGCUCUUGGAGCCAGCGGUAGUCUUGGACCUAGCGGUAGUCUUGGAUCCAGUGGGAUAGGGACCGGGGCGGUGUUUCAGGCGCGCAGUUUUCGGAAGUUGGCUCUACCGAAGGUAAACAGUCGUGGCAUACAUAACUUCCCGCCCCGGGGACUGGAGAAGACCUCGAUUCCUCUCGGAUCCAAAGUAUAUAUCCAAGUGGCCUUGGAAUCGCACGCUGUGGUGCCUCUGACGUUCAGCAAGAUGAGCGUCGCAUUCAGCCUCUCCAACGUCUCCGUGUCGCACCUCGUCGCCUCCUCCACCAGCUCACUACUCUCCAUCAAACGGGGGCUCAACGUGGGUGGCAGCCAGCUCAACUACGCGCUCUGCUUCACGGUGAACGAGACAUUCGUCCUCCAGCCGGGCGAGCUGCUGCUUGUGGAAAUACCGUGGGUCUGCGUCGUGCCCGGCAAACUUUGGCUCUCUAGUGUCAAGUUGUUUCCCCACUCCCCUUCUAGUCCCCUCAAACACGGCAGUACCCCCGACGACAGUAUCCCCAACGGCAGUGCACCCGACAGUGGUGGCACUGGCGAAGGUGUGCCCGACGGUCGCGACUCCCACGGUCGUGACCCCGACGGUCGUGACGCUGACGGUCGUGACCCCGACGCUGACGGCGGUCUGAAGCACUGUUUGAGUGGUGUGGACGGCUGUUUGAGUGGUGUGGUGCUGUCGGCGGAUUUGUCCAUCAUGGACAGUUUACCUUUGCACCACUUGAUGGCGUAUGAGCUGAGUCUGCGGGGGAAGCUAAGCCGGGCCUUCCAGGCAGGCGCGCUGGAGCGGAUGUGGAAGAGCCCAAGUUUACUGGACGUGACGACCGCGCGACGGUACUUCACGAUGCAGUUCCGACUGGUGGGGGACUUUGCGGUAGUUGGCGACACGGCAACAUUGAUCUUAACCAUUGUAAGUAACGAUGGGUUUGUGUUGGAGCAGCCGCCAAAGAUCCCAAUUGUGGCCACGGCGACGCGGAAGGGUCAUUACGACCGUCACUUGGACGACCGUCACCCGGACAGGGGUGGCGUGGAGAACCGGACUGGAGACGCGACCGGUGACCGGACUGGAGAUCGGGGCGGAGGUAUGGACAGGGGCGGCGUGGAGAAGACUACGGUUGGUGGAGUGGAGAAGGGUGGGAUGGAGAAAAGUAGACGGGGAAAGUCGGGAUUGCCGUUUAAGAUUAGCAUAAUUUGGAGUCAGACGAAAACGAUUUCGUUGGAUAACAAGACGUUGAGUGAACCUUCGUGUCGAGUGUUGCCUAUUGCGAGCGGCGGUGAGGUGAUGUUGUCUUUGCCAGUGUUCCAAAAGUCAAUUUCUGUGCUGGUACCGAUCUUGAUUGAGCAACGGGCGGCGACACCUUUUGUGGAGAGUGUGGCCCGUUUGGGUGCGCCUUCGCCAGGUCGGGCAGUAAGUGCGGCACGAUGCAAUUCAGCAGAUGCGCAGUCUUCGGCCUCCCCGCGCAAGUUGCGGGCAGCAGGGUCGCGGUAUGAGAGUCAAGUCACGGAACGGCGCGCGGCCAUUUUGAUUCCCGCACACGCGCGAAGUCCGACCGUGACCUCGGCGGGAUUGCGACACACGUCCUACGAGUUGUUCGAGACGCCCACUCUCUCGCCCCGGUCCACAUGCCCCACACAAGCCGCCGAGCUCACUGUAACCUCUAAAAUCAAGGCACUCGUCGGCAUCAAUCUCGGACCUGCCGAACCCGAACACCAAUUAACCACCGAACGCGCAGAACUCGCCGCACUUCCCGCCCUCUGGGACGCCCACAACGCCGGCAGCCCGCGGGCCGGCAGCCCACGGGUCGGUGGCUGUGCGCGGUUGCGGCCGGGCUUCGCGCAAACCGAGCUCAGUUUCGCCAGUCCAUUCCUUGGUAGCCCGCGUCCGUCGACCCUUUCCGCUCACGCCAGCGCACCGGAACGCUCUGUCCUCGUCGAAGAAACCGGCACCAUCACCAUCCCCGUCCGUCCUGGUCUCGAAGCAGACCGUUUCGUCGUCGCAGACACCAGCACCCAGUACGCUGAAAAACUCAGCGUCUACUGGCGCGGCCAAGGCGCCAUCCGCCUCACCAAACUCGUCCUGCAACCACCGUACUGCGAACCUCCCGGCCCUGACGUCCCGGCGGUGACGCAUAAGUUCCCUCGGAUCCAGACACACGUUCUUGACGCCAAGGAGUACCUCGAGCAAGGCAACCUGCACAUCGAGUUCCCUGAGACCGAGCGCAUCACCCUCAGCGGCGCCUGCCCCCUCGACCUGAUGCUCCUCGUCGACCUCGCACCCUCGGACCCCACCCCCACCGGCACCACGGAUCUUGCCCCCGCGUCAAACUCUGGUGAAAACUGCGCCGCCACCGCGAAUUGCGCCCCAGACGUACCAGGCUCAGGUCCGCACACGUCCGGCGCUCAGACGUCCGCAGCGGCACUUGGCGAGACGCCGUCGCAGGAGUACGUGUUGGAGCUGCACUACGAGACGCCGGAUAAUUUGCCGUCGGCUCCGAAGCCUCUGACGAUCGACCGGAUUCGGCACCCGUUAGCGACGAACUUGGGGCAGAGCACGUUGAUCGAGAUGCAGCUGACCAACACCACGGGCUGCUGCGCCGCCGUGUUGUACAACCUCGCUCUGCCCUUCGACACCCCGCUCGACGCUAGCUUCUUCGCCGCCGGCGAACGCGAACCCGAACAAACUGCCUCUUGGCAAGUCCUCGGCUUCAAGUGCCGCCAACUCCAUGUACCCCCCAGGUCAAGUGUCACCGUCACCUUCAACCUCAUUGCCGCCGUUCCCGGCACUCUGCCUCUACCCCCCAUCCAACUCUCCGGCACCCUCCUUCCCAACGCCGCCCCUGACCGGCCCGCAUCCGCCGACGACAGACCCGCCAAGGCACUCAGGCCCCAAGGACACCCCAUCCAGCUCAGCCACUGCUGCUGGAAUACUGCCCGGAUCGCCGUGCACCCGCGAUGGCCAAACAAGUGCAGGCUCACCCUGCUCGGUGAAGACGACGACGACGACGAAGAGGAAGCCGCUUUUUGA